UCUAUUGCCUACCUUGACCCAGGCAACCUAGAAUCCGAUUUACAAUCAGGCGCAGUGGCGGGUUACAGUCUGCUCUGGUUACUCUUUUGGGCACAUGUGAUUGGUCUCAUUUUCCAGUUACUUUCUGCUCGACUGGGUAUCAUAACCGGAAGCCACUUAGCCCAACUGAUCCGUCAAAGCUAUUCAACACGCAUGUCAGUUAUCCUGUGGGCAUUUGCACAAGCAGCCAUCAUUGGUGCUGAUAUCAUGGAGAUUGUUGGUACAGCGGUGGCACUCAACAUCCUGUUUGGAUUGCCUCUCUGGGCUGGUGUUAUCAUGACAGCAAUGGACACACUCACAUUUAUGAUGAUCCAACGCUAUGGCAUGAGAAAAAUCGAAGCCUUUUUCAUGGUACUCAUUACAGUAAUGACGGUUUGUUUUUGGGUCGAGUUAAUACAGUCAAAGCCGGAUGUAAAAGAGAUCAUGAAGGGUAUGAUUGUUCCAAAAAUCCCACUCCACACAGAGCUCCAAGCAGUUGGUAUGUUGGGAGCCAUCGUUAUGCCCCACAACAUGUUUCUGCACAGCGCGUUAGUUAAAUCAAGAGAUCUUGGACCAGAUCCAUCAGUACGCAAACUUAAAGAAGCCAAUUUUUAUUUUGGCAUCGAAUCGGCACUUGCACUCCUCCUAUCUUUCUUCGUUAACCUUGCAAUUGUAGUUGUGUUUGCCAAAGUAUUUUUCGAUCCGGAACAAGUAGGGAAUAUAGUAAUUCCAGGUCUGGGACAAGCAGAGGCCGUAUUGAGCAAAACACUGGGUCCUGCUGCAAAGUAUUUGUGGGCAGGAGGACUUUUAGCUGCUGGCCAGAGUUCUACCAUGACAGGGACACUUGCUGGUCAAUAUGUUUGUGAGGGGUUCUUUGGGAUGAUCUUCAAGAAAGAGUGGCAUCGUAUGGCAGCUACACGAGGCAUAUCUCUUGUCCCGGGAAUCUUGGUAGCAAUCUUUGCAGUCGAUCACUUUGAUACUAUGGGAGAGAUGUUGAAUGUAUUGCAAAGUAUUUGCCUGCCUACGGUUCUUAUACCCAUCAUGAAAUUAUCCUGGUCUUCUGAUGUCGUUCCAGCUGAAUUCAGACUGUCCACUCCUAUACAUGCAAUAUGCAUAACUCUUGUGUGCGUUGUCAUUGGAUUCGAUGUGUUUCUAUUCGUG